AUGACCAGCAAAUCGACCUUCCCCUUUACAGUGACAGAGCAUGUCAUCGAUGGACAAUACAUCCGCGAAUACCCCCGAGCAACCGUCUCCCAAGCUUCUUCCUUAAAGCUAGUAGUGAAGAAGUAUGCCCCCAUUUGCAACCCAGAUCCUCAGCUUGGAGACGUAACCAUCAUCGGGACGCACGGGUGUGGCUUGCCGAAGGAGCUAUACGAACCGCUGUGGGAAGAUCUUCUGGCACAAAGUCACCAAAAUGGGUUUGGAAUUCGAUCAAUCUGGAUUGCAGAUACCGCAAAUCUCGGCGCCAGCGGCGUUCGGAACGAGGCACUACUGGGCAAUGACCCAUCCUGGCUUGAUCACAGUCGUGAUCUUCUGUACAUGAUCAACCAGUUCCGCGAUGAAAUGCCGCGGCCCAUCAUCGGCGUGGGGCACAGUAUGGGGGCAGGCCAACUUGUCUUCCUCUCUCUCAUGCAUCCGCGCUUAUUUACAUCUUUGAUUUUAGUCGAGCCAGUAAUUGUACCAGAUAUUUUCAGCGGCCACGGCCCUUCUUUAUCAAUGCUCUCGCUCAGGCGACGUGAUACCUGGUCAUCCCGGUCUGCGGCCAUUGCAGCCGCGCGAAAGACGCACAAGCGAUGGAACUCACGCGUGCUCGAGCGCUGGAUCCGGCAUGGAUACCGCAGUCUCCCAACAGCUCUCUACCCACAGACAGAAUCACAGGGAGACUCACAGGCCAACCAGAAUGAUGGCCCGGUCACAUUAACCAGCUCCAAGCACCAAGAAGUCAUGCAGUACAUACGACCGAACUUUGCAGGCCAUAAGCCUCUGGGGCAAGAAGAAUCCACCGAAGGGCCUCCGCAUGACCCCCUGUUCCAACCUGACGUGAUCGGUCCUUCUUAUAAAACCGUGCCCUUCUACCGGAGCGAACCAGUAAUUGCGUGGAAACUGCUUGAUCACGUUCGUCCGUCGGUCCUCUAUGUGCAUGGAGAGCGCAGCCCAAUAUCAACGCCCGAAAUUCGGGCUGAGAUCUUGCAUCGAACCGGUGCUGGGGUUGGAGGGAGUGGCGGGGUGAAGAAUUCACAGGUUAAGCAAACGAUUAUUGAAGGAUCCGGGCACCAGUUACCACUAGAAAUGGUGGCAGAGACGGCAUCAGCUAUUGGAGCGUGGGUUAGCCCAGAAGUGCAGAGGUGGAGGGAGGACGAGACGAGGGUUGCCCAGGGAUGGGCAGAUCAGCCAACAAGGGACAGGUUGACUGUGUCGGCUGAAUGGAUACCUGGAUUAGAGGCUCUCUGCCAGGUGCAGGAAAGGGAUUCAAGACUCUAG